AUGGCGAAUCCAAACCCCACCCUUCCUCCAACAAACAACACCCUCCAAACGAACAACGACAGUCAUCAAGAAAUCAUCUACAUCGGCACACGAAAAUCACAACUUGCAAUUGCACAAGCCGAAAUGAUAAUCGCGCAACUGGAGACAGUUUCUCCUGGACCACAGUACAAAAUGCAAGUGAUUAGUACCAUGGCCGACGAGAAUCAGGUCAAGACGUUUUUGGAUUUUAAUUCGAAAAGUAUUUGGACGGAGGAGUUGGAGGGGUUGUUGGUGGAUGGGAAGGUGGAUGUUGUUGUGCAUUGUUUGAAAGAUAUGCCCACCACCCUCCCCUCAUCAUGCAUCCUCAGCACAAUCCCCCUUCGCGAAGAUCCCCGAGACGUCCUCGUCAUGAAACUCCACUCUCCCUAUAACUCUCUCCACCAACUCCCCCCCGGAUCCAUCAUCGGCACAUCCUCCAUUCGACGAAAAGCGCAAAUCGCCCAUUUUUACCCCCAUUUAAAAUGCGUCGAAAUUCGAGGAAAUCUACAGACACGACUGCGGAAACUCGAUGAUGUUGCAGCAGGAGAUGAUAAAAGCAGCAAGCAAAACUACGACUGUCUAAUCCUCGCAGCCGCAGGUCUCAAACGGAUUGGUUUAGAAGGACGGAUUAGUGAAUACUUGUCAUCACAAAACAACACCACUACCAACACCAACAGCACCAACAGCGUCAAAGAAAACAAAAUCCUCCACGCACCAGGCCAAGGAGCCCUCGGUCUCGAAAUCCGCCACUCCGACCCACGAAUCCUCAAAUUAUUAUCUCCAUUAAACCACUUCCCGACAUUACUAACAUGUAGUGCCGAAAGAAGUUUUUUGAAAGAGUUGAAUGGGGGGUGUAGUGCACCUGUUGCAGUGGAAAGUUGUUGGGAUGAAGAAACGGGGAUGUUGGAGUUGAGGGGGCAGGUUUUGAGUGUUGUUGAUGGUGAUGAUGAGGAGGAAAGGAAAAGGGAAAAGGAAAUUGUGGAGGACAGGAUUUGUGAGGUGGUGGGCACGGUUGAGGAGGCGGAGGGGGUGGGGGAGAAGCUUGCGAGGAGGUUGAUUGGGUUGGGGGCAGAUAGGAUUCUUGGGAGGGUUGGAUAG